AUAUCCGGGAUGUGGUCUAUUGCGAUUGCGCAUCUGAUUCAGUAAAAACAUCAACACAACUUGUGCUGUAAUUUUUAUCCAAGUUUGUUGAUUUGAUAGUGAAUGGCACAAUUUACCAGAAUUUAUGGGUUGCAGGAGCGAUCAUCAGAUCCUCCUGGAACCACAAAGUUACUUCGUAUUAAAGUUAUUAAAGGUGAAAAUCUAGCCAAGAAGGACAUAUUUGGAGCAAGUGAUCCAUAUGUAAAAGUAAGUCUGUUUCGAGGAGAUAGAGAUACAGGGUAUAUAGAUUCAGCCAGCACAACAGUUAUAAAAAAGUCGCUCAAUCCAUUAUGGAAUGAAGAAUUUGUAUUUAGGGUGAAUUCCAGAGAUAACAGACUGUUAUUAGAAUUAUUUGAUUCUAACAGAGUGACAAGAGAUGAUUUUCUUGGAUUGGUUGAGAUACCAUUAGGUAUUACUGGGGUAGCAACAGAGUCACCAGAGGUUGAGAUUUCAGCUAAAAGUUAUAUUCUCAGACCAAGAAGUACGAAGUCUCGAGUGAGAGGAAGUCUUUGGUUAUACAUCGCAUACUUACCAUCACCAGGGGAGGAUGAAUCAGAAGAUACAGCUGCUGGAACAACUGAAACCACUGAAACCACUGAUGAAACCCCACCAGAGAAUCCUGGUUGGGAGAUGGUGGACAUGAACAAUGCUUUGAAUGAAGCUGGUGCCUCUGGACCGGUUACUGAUGCUCCACAAUUACCACCAGGUUGGGAGAUGAAAGUAGAUCAAAUCUCAGGCAGAAAAUUUUAUGUUGAUCAUAAUACCCAUAAAACUUCCUGGGAAGCACCUGCUAUGCCGGCAAGUGGAAGUACUCUUCCUGAAGGCUGGGAGGAAAGAAUGGAUGGCAACGGACGUACAGUUUAUAUCAACAAAAUAAACAGAUCAACUCAGUGGGAAAUACCAACACAGCCAGCUGUAAGAGCAACAACUCAGGAAACAGGGGAUGCAAGAAGACGAGCCAAUAGAAUGUACAGACGACAUAUCAGUGUAGAAGAUACAAUUAGUUUAACCGAUACCUCUCCUGCAGCCUCUCCGAGUGCACCCGAGAGACCACCACUUCCAGCACGUAGACCAACAGAGGGUUUGCCACCUAGAAGUGGUUCUCUGAGUCUACGACCUACUCAACGCCAUAACCACAGAACUGCAAGUAGUAACAGUAGAGACAGUUCCCCUGCCAAUAAUGAUGAAGAGCCGCUCCCACCUGGAUGGGGCAUGGGGACAGCACCCAAUGGCAAAGUCUUCUAUAUAGACCAUAACAAUAAGACAACAUCUUGGGAGGAUCCACGAAGGAACAACAGAUCAGGAGGAAGUAUGAGGCUCCAUUCUCUCAGUGAUUCUCCUGGUGUAAUGCAAAGACCAUCAUCUAAUGAAGAUCUAUUACAAAAUCUAGGUCCUUUACCUCCUAGUUGGGAAGAGAGAACCCAUGCAGAUGGUAGAGUGUUUUAUAUAAACCAUAACAAUAAAACGACUCAAUGGGAAGAUCCCAGAUUAAAAAAAUUAGGUGGACCUGCUGUUCCAUAUUCUAGAGACUAUAAAAGAAAACAUGAUUACUUCAGAUCAAAACUUAGGAAACCACAAAAUAUACCAAACAAGAUAGAUGUAAAAGUUACUAGAGAAAGAAUAUUUGAAGAUUCCUAUAGAGUAAUUUCAAGCAUUAAAAGAAUAGAUUUCUUAAAGGCUAGGUUGUGGAUAGAAUUUGAAGGUGAAGUAGGAUUAGAUUAUGGUGGUGUAGCAAGAGAAUGGUUUUAUUUAUUAUCUAAAGAAAUGUUUAAUCCAUUUUAUGGAUUAUUUGAAAAUUCUGCAACAGAUAAUUACACCUUACAGAUUAAUCCUUUAUCUGGAUUAUUUAACGAGGAACAUUUAAAAUAUUUUGAAUUCAUUGGAAAAGUAGCAGGAAUGGCAGUUUAUCAUGGCAAAUUAUUAGAUGGAUUUUUCAUUAGACCUUUUUACAAAAUGAUGUUAGGAAAAACAAUGUUAUUACCAGAUAUGGAAUCUGUGGAUUCAGAAUAUUAUAAUUCAUUAUGUUGGAUCAAAGAUAAUGAUCCAAUAGAUUUGGACCUACGGUUUUCUGUUGAAGAAGACUAUUUUGGAGAGGUAACGGAAAGAGAAUUAAAGUCUGAUGGAGCAAACAUUUUAGUAACAGAUCAAAAUAAACUGGAGUAUAUUCAUUUAGUUAUACUAUGGAGAUUCGAAUCCAGAAUCCGUGAACAAAUGGGAGCCUUCCUGAAGGGUUUCUAUGCUCUUAUACCUAAAGAUAUGAUUCAGAUAUUUGAUGAAAAUGAAUUAGAGUUACUUAUGUGUGGUUUACAAGAUAUUGAUGUCAAUGAUUGGAAGACUAACACAGCAUAUAAAGGAGAAUACAACCCUAAUCAUCCUGUCAUUCUAAACUUCUGGAAGGCUAUUUACUCCAUGAACAAUGAAACUCGUGCCAGAUUAUUACAAUUUGUGACAGGAACAUCAAGAGUUCCAAUGAAUGGUUUCAGAGAGUUAUAUGGCAGUAAUGGACCUCAGUUAUUUACCAUUGAAAAGUGGGGCAAUCCUAACCAGUUUCCACGAGCUCACACAUGCUUUAACCGUAUUGACUUGCCACCAUAUGAUGAUUACCAUGACUUAAGGAAAAAACUUUUAGAAGCAAUAGAGAACACAGAAGGCUUUGAAGGCGUUGAUUAGCUGUAUAUACAUAACCAUAGGACUUAAUACAAUGGGACCUGACCCACAGUACUGUUAGUGCUAUCCAUUCCCAUGUUAGUGGCUUGUUAUAUGUGAUAAUUGGGUUAAUGGAGUCAGUAAACAAGAUAGGGAUGUGAUAUUAACACUUUACAUCACAAAUAACUUCUUUUAUUGUGUUGUAGAU